UGAAAGAGAGAAGUGAAAUGCAAACCUGAAUGCAACCUGAAAGGUCCAAAUAGAUGAGCUUGUGACAUCCUUUCCCAGAUCCCAGGGAAUCCAUACACUCCAGCUGUACCUCCUCCAUUCAGAACAAUAUUAGCUCCAAACUCAGAUUUCAAAGGAAUACUUUGACUGUUCCUGCUGUCACAGAAAGUAAUUGGGGCCAGCUGGAUGUCAGAAUGAAAGUGGUUACUAUUAUAAUACUACUUUUCUUUUGUAAAGCAGCCUACUUUAGGAAGACAAGAAAUGGAAGUUUGAGAAACAAAGCAAAUAAUGGAAGGGCAAACAGUUUAAGAAAAGCAUCUAGUACUAUUAAACGUUAUGCCCCAGGCAUCCCCUGUGAUGUGUAUACUUAUCUUCAUGAGAAAUACAUAGAUUGCCAAGAAAGAAAACUGACUUUUGUGUCUCGUGAUUGGCCUGAGGAUUUAAGACACAUGCUGCUAGCAAGAAACAGGAUUCGGAAACUGAAGAAUAAUAUGUUUUCCAAGUACAAAACAUUAAAAAGUCUGGAUUUACAACAGAACGAUAUAUCCAAAAUUGAAAGCGAGGCUUUUUUUGGUUUAAACAAACUUACUACACUCUUACUUCAGCAUAACCAAAUUAAGAUUUUAUCAGAAGAAGUUUUUAUUUAUACGCCCCUUCUACGCUACCUGCGUCUUUAUGAUAAUCCUUGGCAUUGCACCUGUGAGAUGGAAACUCUUAUUACAAUGUUGCAGGUUCCAACGAACAGGAAUUUGGGAAAUUAUGCCAAAUGUGUAUACCCAACAGAACUGAAAGAUCAAAAGCUAAAGCAGAUUAAGGCUGAACAGCUAUGUAGUGAAGACGAAAGACUGGACCCCAAAAAUAUAGUAGUAGCAAAGCCUGGAGCUGUCAAACCAGAAUUUGAUUCCUCUCUUUGUCAUAUUUAUGUAUUUCCCAUACAAACACUGGAUUGCAAACAAAAAGAGUUAAAGAAAGUUCCAGGUAACAUACCUCCAGAUAUUGUAAAACUUGAUUUAUCUAACAAUAAAAUCAAACAACUACAAGCCAAGGAGUUUGAAGAUGUUAAUGAACUGAAGACCUUAAACCUUAGCAGUAAUGGAAUAGUUUACAUAGAUCCUGCUGCUUUUUCAGGACUCAUUAACUUAGAAGAGCUUGAUUUAUCAAACAACACACUGCAAAAUUUUGAAUAUGGCGUAUUAGAAGAUUUAUACUUUUUAAAAAUAUUAUGGCUUACAGAGAAUCCUUGGAGAUGUGAUUACAACAUUCAUUACCUUUUCUACUGGUUAAAGCAUCACUACAAUGUUCGCUACAGUGGCUUAGAAUGCAAAAUGCCUGAGGAAUACAAAGGGUGGUAUGUUGAAAAAUAUGUCCAAAGUUAUUAUGAGGAAUGCCCAAAAGACAAGCUGCCAAUUUAUCCAGAAACAUUUGAACAAGACAAAGAAGAUGAGGAAUGGGAACGACACAAAGAACAAUCAGUUCAAACAGUAAAGAAACAUGGUGUAAUUGUCACUGUAAUAGGUUAAUUUGGGGAAUUUUUUAUUACUAGAUUCAAAUGUAUCAUAUUUUAUGUCAGAAAAAUUCUGUUUACAUUCUUGUUACUUGUGCUGUUUGUUCAUAAGGAAAUAUUGCCUACAUCAUUUUUUUAAUUGCAGUUACUGACUAUGCUAUGGUAUUAGUUAUACAUCAUCUUUUAUAAAAAAAAUUCUGUUCCCAACCAUUUAUUCUGGGUCACCCUUACUAUGUAUUUGGGUAACUAUUUGAACCUACAAAAUAUAAAUGAAUAGAUAUAGAAAUAGAUCUAUAGAGGAAAUAAGUCUCCAUAUGCCCAGCAAGUCAUACACAGCAUCUGCAUGGAACUAAUUUCAGGAGUGGACCCAAAGCUCCUCUGUGUGGAAUGUAUUGCAAUUUCUUUAUAUUUAUUGGCUCUCUGAAUUGUUCCCUAGAAAAGUUCUGUGCAUUUUAAGAAGCAGUUUUCUUGUUUGUGAUACUUAUACCAAAUAAUCAAAAUGCAAACUGAUUUAUAACAGGCUACAAAGUCUAUGGGAAUUGCACAUGGAAUAGAGAGAAAGGCACUCCAGUCAUCAUGGUGCUAGUUCUAACACAGACUUCCUAUGUGACACUAGGCAAAUCAUUUAGUCUUUCUGUGCCUCACUUCCCCAUCUAUAAAAUGAGAAUAAUAGCACUUCACCUCACAUGACUGUUAUGAGGUUAUAUAUAUUAAAGGCUGUAAAAGGUCUUCACAUACUAUGGGAACAGCAGCCAUAUAUGAACCUCAGGUAGGUAAUCAGUACCCUUCAGGAAAAGGACGCUUACUGCCCAAACCUCUAUCUAUAUAUUUUAGAAACGUCUAUCUGUCUGUGAGUCUGUUUGU